AUGAAUAUAACUCCUAAAAAAUCCCCAUCUAUAUUGAGAUCAAAACAUACUUUAUCGUCUAACAAAAGCGGUUUAUUUCUCAAUAGUGAGGCUGGUUUUGAUAGAGAAGAAAGAAUUACAAUUGAAGAAGAAGAAUUAUUACGUAACCUAGCAGAAUUUCAUAAAAAAGUCGAAGAAUAUGAAGAAGACUGCAAAGAGUUGCAGGAAGACGCCAUUGUUACAUAUGAUAUUUCAGAGAGUUUGAAUUUCAUCACACAACAACUAGAUGAUUACGCUAACAGUAUGCAUGCAUGA